GCUGGUGCUCGGAGCCGACGAACACGCAUUUUGUGUGCUCCCCAAUUUUCUGCCAAGUGGUUGAUUUUUUGUAUUUCACUCGUUCGCUCAUUGAAGAUUUUUGUUCUGUUUCGUUAGAAUAAAAAGGCAAUUAUAAUUGAUGUGUAAUAUAAUUUUAUUCCAAAGACGUGAGAUCAGUGUUGUGGUGUACCUCCACCUACUUCCUUUCCUCUACGAAAUGUAGAUAGUGCAGCAGAUAAUAUGGGACACAGUCAAUAGAUUGAGGUUCUGAUGGAUUUAUUGAAAAUAUCGAAUACAAGGGCGGCGGACGUUUUAAGCUUUUGUUAAGAAAAUAAAGCGUGUUAUCGUCGUUAGUUGUUGUUAUUUUUUUUUUUUUCACUUUUAACGGCGCCAACCGACGACACAAAGACUGGGUACAUAAAAACCUUUUUUCGGAGGACGUCAUCAUCGCCAUCAUCAUCAAUAAUUUGAAUAUGUUUCUACAUAAAGCUGAAAACACCAACAUGUCCGAAUAUUGGCUCAUUUCCGCUCCUGGGGAUAAAACCUGUCAGCAAACCUACGAAACAAUGAACAAUCUCACCCACAAACAAAACAAUCUUUGUGUCAAUUUUAAAUUCCAUAUUCCCGACUUAAAGGUCGGAACACUGGAUCAGUUGGUUGGUCUUUCAGAUGAUUUGGGUAAAUUGGAUGUUUAUGUUGAGCAAAUCACCCGAAAAGUUGCAACUUAUUUGGGUGAAGUGCUCGAGGAUCAGAGGGAUAAAUUGCACGAGAAUCUGCUCGCCAAUAAUAAAGGUCCUGGUCCACCCGAUGAAAAUACUCAUUCGGAUUUAACGGGUAAAUCAUCAAAUUUAUCAAAUAGUCGUGAUACAACAACAACCACUUGUUCAGCAUGCCACGGCGGGAGCCUUAACAAUUCUUCAGAGUCCUCCGAACGUGAAUCUGACACUACUUCGUGCAAUUGUGAUUGUGAUUGUUCAACGAAUAAUUGCGCUUUAAAAAAUAACACUAGUUUUAGUGAUACAUUCGAUUGGUGGUUUCAUAGGCAUAGAGGUUCAAAUAAGAGCAGAAGUCGUUCAUCGAGUCAAUUAAAUAUAACAAAUGGAUUUAAUUCAUCAACUCAUAGAUCGUCUCCAGUGAGUAGUUGUUGUGGUAGUAGCCAAGGCCGAUCAAGUCCGGACACUGACAUUAACGGCGACGGAUUGGGGGCAGAACCGCCAGCAAUGCCACUAAGUCCAGCCGAUCUUCCAUCGUACAUUACCCGAUUUCAAUGGGAUAUGGCCAAGUAUCCAAUUAAGCAAUCGCUUAGAAAUAUCGCUGAUAUUAUUUCUAAACAAGUUGGUCAAAUCGAUGCCGAUUUAAAAACGAAAUCCACCGCUUACAACAAUCUUAAAGGAAGUCUACAAAACUUGGAGAAGAAGCAAACUGGAAGUUUGCUGACACGUAAUUUGGCUGAUUUAGUGAAGAAGGAACACUUUAUUCUGGACUCUGAGUAUUUGACUACGCUUUUGGUCAUUGUGCCAAAACCCCUUGCUAAUGAUUGGGUUGUUGGUUAUGAAAAGAUAACAGAUAUGAUCGUUCCACGUUCCUCACAAUUGAUAACCCAGGAUCAAGACUAUGCUUUGUACAAUGUGACUUUAUUUAAGAAAGUUGUUGAAGAAUUUAAGUUGCACGCUCGUGAGAAGAAGUUUGUGGUGAGAGAUUUUGUAUACAACGAAGAAGAAUUGGCUGCUGGGAAAAAUGAAAUCACUAAGCUGGUCACUGAUAAGAAAAAGCAAUUUGGCCCCCUAGUUAGAUGGUUGAAAGUAAAUUUCAGCGAAUCUUUCUGCGCUUUAGUUCACGUUAAGGCGCUCCGUGUCUUCGUUGAAUCCGUUUUGAGGUACGGAUUACCAGUAAAUUUCCAAGCUAUUCUUAUCCAGCCAAACAAGAAAAGUAUUAAACGUCUAAGAGAUUGCCUUAAUCAACUUUACGGUCAUUUGGAUGGCUCUGCUGCAAAUCCAGCAGGUGGAAGUGUUGACAAUGUUGACAUUCCCGGAUUAGGAUUUGGCCAAGCUGAAUACUAUCCAUAUGUGUUCUAUAAACUGAACAUCGACAUGGUGGAAACAGCAAAGAUCUAAAAGGAAACAGCACACUUACUACUCUCCCUUCCCACCAUUCGCGAGUCAUUUGUGUGCGUUCUCCAAUUUAAUUGUUAUCGUAGUGGUAUUUUAAUUUCAAUAACAACAAACAGAAGCAGAAAAAAACAAACAACUAAAGAAUUUCCUCAAAAAUAAUAAUAAUAUUGUGUGUGCGUUGCAUAGCUCCCGUUACAAACCAGUUAAAGCUGUUAACAUUUGAUUUCUUAUUCCAUUACAAAAACAACAUACUUCCCCUACUAACAUCCGUUUAAAUUUGAAAUUCCACCAAACCAUCAGAAAUACAAUAUUUUCCUUCGUUUAAAAAAUUCUUAUUUGUUAAAUGUUUUCGUCAACCUGUUGACCAGGUAAACGAAACAAAAGUGAAGAUUUAUCCUAACAAUCCAAAGCUUUGUUAAUGAUAUUUCUAUAAAGUUGUUAUACAGUAUUUUAUCGUUUUACAAAUAUUGUUUUUUUUUCUUUGUGUCUUUUUUCGAGAAUAUACAUACUUUACAAUAAAUUAAGAUUAAUACAUACAAAAAUAAUUAAUUAAUGAAUCGUUUAUGCCGCAUGCAACAGUAAAUUCAGUAAUUUCCCUGGUCACUUUUUUUUCAAAAUCAUUAAAAGACCAGUGUAUAUAAAUAUUGGUUAGUAAACUCUAGCUUAUUUACGCGAAACAAAGUUUCUUAUUAAAAUAGUUCAGUGAGCAAACUUACAAAAACAAGUGUUUAUAGCGUUUCUAUUGAUGUUGUUCGCUGUUACAAUGAAAUUAAUUAUAUAUUUAUAUACAUGUAUAUGAAAUGAACCGAGAGUUAACUUUUGAAAAGAAAAAAAUAAUUAAAAUAUGACUCAAAAAGUAAUGUAGAUUAUCUUGAUGAUAAAAAGUAUUUUCUCUGUUGUAAUCGUUAAUUUAAAUUAAUUUAUUUUUAUUUGUUUUUGUUCAUUUGUUUAAUUUUCCCAUUUUGUUUAUUGUUUCGCCCGAAGCACAAAUUUAUUUGUUUAAUACAAAUUUUAACUAAAUUGUACUAGCCAAUUAUUGUUUUUAUUUAAUUUUUACUUUCAAUGUUUAGAUUUAACUGCAAUAAUAAUUCAGAGAAGAUAUUUUAUUAUUUAAUCAAUCAAACAUAAAAGAAAAAAGAGAACAAUAAGAUAAAUUUGCAUGCUUACAUAUUUUGUAAAAGUGAGAACAAAAAUUGAAACAAUAAUAAUUAUUACAAAAUUCUACAUGAGAAUAUAAAAAAAAUAUGCAAAGGAUAAUUGAAUAUAUACUAUGUAAAAAUCCAUCCUUGUAAAUAAUUAUAUGAAAAAAGACAUUCCA